AGCGUUUCUAUCAUAUCAGCUAGACAAAUCAUUUAACGCGGGACUCCUUGGGCUACAGCUAGGCAGCGACUUGCUCUUUCACGAUGGUACAGGCGCAUCACCACAGGCCUACACUUAAGCAGCAAAACAAGCCGUUUAAGUCAAAGCAUGCGAGCAAGUCUGCCAUAAAACGAACUGCCAAGGGCAAGACUUCACGUACUUCUCCCAACUCCCAGCCCGGCACCCCUUCCACCGCCCAGGCACGCCAGAACCGACGCAAUCACGCCAAACAAAUUCAGCUCCAAAAGCGACAAUCGCUCGUUGCAGCCACCCGGAUAUUCAGCGGUGUGGACGGUGCACCACGGAUAGUUGCGGUUAUCCCGCUCAGUCCCGACGUGAAGCCAUGGGAGGUCAGUAAAGGACUUGCAGAGGCUUUGGGCGUAGAUGAUUCGGACUGCCCCAACACGGGUGUGUGGAAGAUUAAAGCGGAGCGGUUCAAGACGUCCUUGCAGCUCAUCAAUCUACCCUACCGCUCGCUAUACCCUACCCUAGACGCCGUAAAGGCCGCCGACUACGUCCUCUUCGUGCUGUCUCCGACUACUGAGGUAGAUGCAUGGGGUGAUACACUGCUUCGCGCCUUGCAAGCUCAGGGCCUCCCCACAGUCGUAUCAGCUGUCGCCCCCGACUCAUCUCUGGAUAGCAAAACGCGGCCGACGGUCCUCAAGUCGCUGCUAUCCUUCAUGCAGUACUUCGUUCCCAGCCAGACGCGCGUAUUCGACAUGCACUCGAGCUCGGAUAGGAUCAAUGCUGCGAGGGCGCUGUGCGAGGGGAGACCGGAUGAUGUACGGUGGAGGGAGGGCCGGACGUGGAUGCUCGGUGAGAGUGUGGAGUUUGAAGAGCAAGCCGACGGGAAGGGGAUAUUGAAGGUUACUGGGGUGGUCAGAGGCGCUGCGUUGAGCGCGAACAGGCUGGUGCAUCUGCCAGGUUGGGGAGAUUACCAGGUAGAGAAGGUCACUUCUGCUCCGCUCCCCCGCCAUUCCAAAGUCCCUGAUGCGGGAGGUAUGGAUGUCGAGCCAGCUGUAUUAGCCGAACCCGAUCCAGAGGAAGCGGACUCCUUGGUUUCCAGCAAUGACCCAGAUGAUCUGGCCAACGAGCAGACAUGGCCAACCGAGGAAGAGAUGAAGGGACAUGCAGAUUCGGUACAGGAUGGGAAUGAAAUACCUGAUGCGAAGGCAGGAACGACCCCGAGGAAAGUGAAGCGGGUGCCGAAGGGGUGGAGUGACUACCAAGCUGCGUGGAUUGUCGAUGAUGACGAUGAGGAAGGAGAUGGUGAAGAGGGAAGCGAGGGAGAGGAAGAAGAGGAGAUGAGGGACGUGGAGGUGGAAGAACGAGAGACAAAGGUUGAUAAUGAUGAUGAUGAGGACAACGAAAUGGAGUCGAUGACAAAUCGGAGCGUCGCAUUCGAGGACAUGGAUAUGGCAGAAGAAGAGAAAGAGCUACAACAAUGGCGGUCGCGGAAGAGAGAGGAGGAAGAGAAAGAUGAUUUACAAUUUCCCGAUGAGAUCGACACACCAUUAGAUAUACCGGCACGUACCCGGUUCCAACGCUAUCGUGGGUUAAGAUCAUUCCGGACCAGCCCGUGGGACCCGUACGAAAACCUACCUCGCGACUAUGCCAGGAUAUUCCAGUUUGAGGAUUUCAAGCGGACCGAGCGGGGCGUACGGCGGAGAGCUGAAGAAGAAGUCGCUGCUGUUCAGCCUGGGGUUAGGGUUACGGUGCACUUGAAGGAUGUUCCUCAGGAAGCAUCUCGUGUGGAGGCGGGAAAGCCCUUCGUCAUGUUUGGAAUCUGGCAGCACGAACAUAAGAUGACUGUUCUGAACUUCGCUGUCCAACGGAAUACAGAAUACGAUGGCUCGGUGCGGUCGAAGGAUCCUCUCGUCUUGUGUGUGGGUCCUCGGAGGAUGCAUACACGGCCGAUAUACAGCCAGCAUACACGUGGUGGUGGAAAAGGGUACAAUAACGUCCACAAAUUUGAGCGGUAUCUACGGCAUGGAGAUACAUAUGUUGCCACGACGUAUGGCCCAGUCGUGUUCGGGAAGCAGCCUUGUAUGCUCCUUCGCGAGACUGAUGAUCCGGAUGCGCCGCACUUAGUGGCCACGGGCACCUUCCUCAACCCCGACACGACACGUAUCAUCGCCAAGCGGAUAGUCCUGACUGGACAUCCGUUCAAGAUUCAUAAGAAGACCGCCACUGUGCGCUACAUGUUCUUCAACCCUGAGGACGUGAGGUACUUCGCCCCGAUCCAACUGCACACCAAGUACGGGCGGACCGGCCACAUCCGGGAAUCUCUUGGCACCCACGGGUACUUCAAGGCUCACUUCGACGGGCCGAUGAACCAGAUGGAUACCGUUUGUAUGUCGCUGUAUAAGAGGGUCUACCCGAAGUGGUGCGAACCUUGGCGGCCAAGAUCCGGUCAAGUGGACGGAGAUGCUAUGGAGGAGUAGAGGUGAGAGGAAUUAUAGGAGACGCUGGUCGCCCGUUUCUGUCAUUGGGGCUCUGUAACCUCGGAUCUCAUGUGCGUAACAGCUCCUCAACACCUAGCUUAUGAGACUACCCGUCAUGACCAAGGUUAGACCUAUUCACGAUGUACUUACUGCGGACGAUCUCCGCGUGCUGUCCUCGGCCCCUGGGGGGGCGAGGGGAAUGAAUGAGAAAGGAAUCAAUUACUGGCGGUCGACAUAUCUGAACACUGUCUAUAAGUAAUAAUGUCACGCUUGCAACGGUGGAGGUGUUAUUAGCAACCAG